AUGUCCGAGAGCACCGAGAAGACUUUCCACGUCACCGCCGAAGACAUCCGCAAGCUGGAGAGCCGGCAGUCCAAACAACACGGCGGCAAAGUUCCCAAAAGCUCCGACGCAUCUUCCAUCGUACACCAAAACAAGGGCGAUCCCACAGACGUGCAAGCCAACCUUCCGCUGCCCGAUGAUCCUCCCGGAUCCAGCGACAUGAAGAGCGCCGAUGCUCGGUUCCACACCGGCGUGGGCAGCGGACGGUUCUCGGGAGAUGUUGCGCGUGAUCCCCAGAGACAACCGGCUACGCAGGCCAGUGCCGCUAGGGAAGAUGGAAAGAUCCGUCAUAAGGAAACUGUGUAA